CAAAAAACCCACUGGGCACUCGCGCUCGCCGUCGCGCCCCUUGCUAAUUCCCCCACGGUCUCCGCACGCCCCAAAAGCGGAGGACGACGACUGCGGACACGAACUCGGCCACCCACGGCAACCAACCCAGAGAGGAGACAGCACCAAACCGCACCGAAAAGCCAAGAACCCCCCCCUCCCAAUCAACCGCCCCCGGCGUCCUCCUAUGCUCUCCGUCGACGGGCGCGGCCGCCGAUGCCCAGCCCGCCGAAGGACCGCCCCUCCGGCCGCCUUGGCCGCCUCCUCGCCGCGCUCCGUCCCUCCCGCGCCGGCCCCCUCCCCGUCCAGACCGGCUUCCCCACCUCCCUCGCCGACCUCGUCGUCAAGAACCAUGGCCGCCUCAAGAAGCAGCCGUCCCCGUCCUCCAAGCGCGGGAAGCGCGGCGCCGCCGCUUCGACUUCGCCUUCGCUUUCCCCUUCCACUCCCACCUCGCCCGCAUCCCCGUCCCCGCCGCCCGCCUCUCCGCCUCCGCCGGCGGCCGCCGUCGGAGUCUCAUCGUCGGAUCAGCCCAGGCCUGACCUCCCGCCGGCCCAGGACCCACGCCGCGGCGGCAAAGGCGGCGGCUUUGGCCUUGGCCUGGGCUUCCUCGCGGUCAGCGGCGUAGUGUCCCUCGCGCUCCUCGUGAUCUGGAGCAAGAAGGUGGUUGCGGCCGUCACCGUCGCCUCCUUCUCGCUCUACCUCCUCGAGUCCGUGAGGUCGUUGUUCUCGCUCGGACCCAGGCGGCGGCCCCGGCCCCGGCCGGCGGUGACCGAGAGGCGGCUUUGCCUGGAGGACGGACGCGGCCGCGUCUCGCCGAUCCGGGAGGUCGACGCGGACACCGAGCCGUCGCGGCCGAGCUGCUCGGAUUCCGACAGGGGAACCGACGCCUGCAUCCUGGCCGUCGAAGUCGAAGAAGAAAGCAGCGGCGGCGUCCUGGACGAAUCAAGCAACCCGAAGGCGAAGGCAAAGGCAAAGAAGAAGUCCUGGAAGAAGCUGCUCGCGGCCAGCGCCAAGAAGCUGCACAGAGGACGGAUGAGUAAGGAUGCGGGUUCGUCAGGUUCCUCUUUCCGCAGCGAGGGCGACCGAGCGGAUGACGAUGCCACGGCGCGCGGCGGCAAUGCCAAGGCGGUGGAUUCCUCGAGCUCCCGCCGUGGCUCCGCUAGUCGAACCGGUGUCGCCGCGGAGGACGCAGACGCCGCUGCCAAAGAGGCGGAUUCUUCGAGGGGUUCUCGCCGCAGCCAAGGCACCGCGCCCGUGGAAAUCGAUGCGUCGGUGGACGACCUCGACGAGGAGGAAGAGUUGGAGGAAGAGGAGCAGGCAGGGAUCCGGUUCCCUGCUCUAGUUCUGGUCGCCAUCGUCCUCAUCGGCCUGGUCGCCGGUAAGCUCCUGGCCCUGACGCUCACGGUGCUCUGCGCCGCGUUCCUUGGCUCGGUUCAUAGAUCACCUUGCGGGGGCGGCGGCGGCUCGCAGGAGAGGCGGUUGGAGCUUUCCAUGUAGUAAUUAUUGUAAAUUAGUGGGGGAUCAAAUCAAAUUUAAAGAGAGGAAAGAUAGUAGUACUUGAUGUUUGUUCAGUGGCCGUCAUUGCUGUUGUUGCAAUUCCAUGUUCUAUCCGACCAACAAGUGCGAUCAUUUAACUCAA